UAGUUGUGUUCAAAAAUUACAAUUUGUGAAUUAAAUGUUUAUUGUCUUCGUUUGUGUAAGUGUAUUGCAUUCGACGUAGUAGAAUUUAUGCGGUUGUGCUGAAGUACAAAAAAUAUAGAUUUGAGUUCAAAAUCAAUAACAUUAACAGUACUGUUUACAUGAAUGGGAACGUCUGACAAUAUGGCGUCUACUACGAUGAUCGAGACAGUCACGAUAACUCGCCCGCUGAAGGUGAUCGCACUGAUCUGCGGGUUGUUGGUUGUCGUGCUGAUGGUGUUAGGGCUAGCGUCAGCGGACUGGCUGAUGGCGGCGGGCUGGCGGCAGGGGCUCUUCAUGCACUGCAUCGAUCCGGACGCGCCCACACCGCUACCUUUCGAUAUAGUCGCCCAGCCAGGAUGUUAUGCAGCGAGACCCGCAUCGUACAUUAAGGCGGCGGCGGGGCUGUGUGUGGCGACACUAGCGGCGGACGUGUGCGGCGCGCUGCUCACCGGGCUCGGUCUGCGCUCUGCGGACCACCGCACCAAGUUCCGAUACUAUCGCUUCGCUGUACUCGCUAUGGCUCUCGCAUUGAUGUGCAUCUUGAUUGCGCUGGUGAUUUACCCUGUAUGCUUUGCUGCGGAAUUGAAUCUGGGUAACAGAUCGGUGUGGGAGUUUGGUUGGGCGUACGGAGUGGGUUGGGGCGCCGCCAUCUUUCUUUUCGGCGCAGUCGUGUUGUUGUUGUGCGACAAGGAGAGCGAGGAGCUCUACUAUAAGGAACGAAAAAAGGUGAGCCCGGCCGCGGCGAGGCUCAUGUAGACGACACGCUCUCCGCCGCCGCCGCGCCAACCGACUCCCACAUACACUACGAUACUAACCUCCGACAAACUUAUUCAUCCCACUUUCCUCUAUACAUGGACAGGCUAUAAGCACUGCUAUUUUGUGCCUAUUUGAUUUUCACCAUUUUGGCACUGACAGUACCGGAUGGUAGCAGUUUUAAGGAUUCUAACUAAUAAUAAAGACAGAAUUAACUGUAAGUAAUAUCAACGGGCAUGUUUAAGUCUGAACAAAGCAAAAUUUUCAAGUUACGGCCUAUCCAUAUAUAGAGAUCAGUAUCUGACUCGUUGGCAAUUAGUGACACUAAAUUACAACUGCUCACUGGCGCCAUACUGUCUAAUGACAUAAAGUGUCACAAGAUCUUUGUCGGAUUGUGUAGACAAACUUACCUGACCCAAUGGAUAUUAGUAAAACUAAAUUAGUACACCUUAUUUAAAAAUGUCACAAGAUACUUUUUAGAAUGUAGUUGUCUUGUCCUGUGUGUCAUGCCUAAGAUAAGUAGGUUUUAAUUUUUUUUUUUUUGAGAUAAAUGCGCCUGUCAUCGGGUCAGAUCGGUUUGUCGUAAUAUCUAUGUUAUUUUAUAGGUUUUUGAAUGUAUUGUGAAUAGAAUUGAGAUUUUGUGAUUGCUGUGUAAUAGUUUUAAGGUUGGCAUCUAUGAAUAUACUCGCACAGAUGUUUCAAACAGCGACAAAACUUGUAUUUUUUUUCAAAUCAAAUGUAUGAAGCAAGUUAAAUACAAGUUAUUUAUAACUUAAAUAGUAAAUCACA